UCACGUCUGUUGCCUCACACUCUUUCGAUCCAGUCUUUGACGAUGAAGGUCACUUGGCUGUUUGCGCUGCUCGUCCUUCCCGCUGUUGCCCUGGCCCAAAAGUCUGUGCCUUCGCUUUCAGCGUCGUCCUCUCAAUUGGCGUCCAGCAGUAAACCGAGCUCUUCUCUCGUCGUGCAUAGUAGCUCUAUUCCACGGAGCGUUAGCACUUCCCGAGCAACUUCCAGCACUCGCGUUAGCAGUGCCAAAACCUCGGUGGUGACUCCCAGCAGCAUCCCGAUAUCGAGUGUGCAGAAUUCCAUCUCAAGCUCAGCCCCAGUGUCGAGCGCUCCUCCCCUCAGCACCGCCUCAGAUGGCAGUGCUACUACUCUAGCACCGCCACCGCCGCCUUCCUCCACUGGCGGGGCCAGUCGUCCAACUGGAAUUGUCAUGGGCAUAGGUGCGGGCGUAGUUGCAGCACUCUUCCUUUAG